AUGAAGUCACAAAUAGCAUUUGUAUUAUUGUCAGCAACGAUUGCAUUCAUCGUUGCAUUUUCGCUUGACUUAAUGUUAUCAAGUCUAUUUGAUAUGAAUCGUAGGAAAAAAAAACAUGUCCCUCUUCCCUCAAAAAUCUCGGCUUCUAUUUCUACAAAAAAAUUAUCUAGCUGUCAACCUCCGCAAAAGCCUGUAAAUUUAGACGCUUUCAAAGGAUAG